AAUAGCGUUGUAGAGAGAGCGAGAAAGAGAGAGAAAGAGAGAGAGGUGAUCAACGUUUCGUCGUUUACUUGGCUUCAUUUCGUCAACGAACGCCCAUUGUUUCUUCAACUACUCAAGAUCAACUCAUCUUUUGUAUACGAACGGACUGAAGAAUCAACUGAUCGAACACUAAACUUAAUAACGACUUUUACUUAACUUAAUUGUCUUCUUCCGCUUUUCGAUUUCUUAGGAGAUGACUCCAAGUCCAGCGGUAACCACAGUUAGAAGGGAAAGAAGGAAUGUUUGGCCUCCUAAAACAUCCAGCGUAAGAGAACUUCCCAAAACAGGAUUUUCGCCAACGAUUGUUAGGGAGUCAUCUCAAGGAAAAAAAUUCAUUUGGCCACCACCUAGUCAAAACAUGUAUUCGAACAACGAACCUGGUUCUAUAGUCCAUCACAUUCCCGGAGAAAUCCAAUGGAAUCCAUCAUCUCCUUCACAGAUGCGUAGAGGCCCAGUUUUUGCACCUCAAGAUCCAAGACCCGCUCGUCGUAGAACAGAUGAUAUUUGGCCACCGAGAAAUAAUGUAGGAACAGGAACCGUCUCUGCUCCUAUUCCUAAACCAGUCAAGAGAGUCGGUAGGUUCGAUGAUUACAUAAAACACACAGCUAGUAUUGGAGUACCAGUUACAUACAGAGCACCUCCCGGUACUCAAUAUGUUCAAUAUGUCGAAGAAGAAGUAGUCGAAGAGGAAGAAGUAGAGGAGGAAGAAGUCGAAGAAGAAGAGGAAGAUGAAUAAAAAUGUUAUUGUUUAUUUUUGUGUUUUAUUGUGCAAAUCGAACACUUAUCAAUCAUCUUUGAUAAUUUUAAUUUUUUUUUUCCUCUGUUGAAUCGCAACAACAGGGCAUCAGAUCCAGAGUACCAUCUGUCAAUCAUACAUGAGAUUUCCUGUCACCGAGCUGUUUAGAGUUUUCUGCUUUAUAUUUAAAAUGCUUUUUUAUAGUUUUGUCUGCAAUUGGCCAUUUAAAAUCCUUCUGCAAUUUAAAAAAAUCUUCUCUUACAUAAAUAUGGAAACGAUAGCUUCGAAAUGAUUGAUGGGCUGUGAUAUAUGGACGUUACAGAUUUAAAUAAAUUUAUAAGAAUAA